UUCCUCCGCCCCUCCUAAUGGAGUGAACCAUUCCCAGCACCUCCCCCUCUCCCUCUCUCUUCCUCGCUCCCUCUCUCUCUCUCCUCCCUCUGCCUUCCCCGUGCAUAAAGUCUCCGUCGCUCCUGGAACUUGUUGGCAAUGCCUAUCUUUCAGCUUCCCCCCGCGUUCUCUAAACUAACUAUUUAAAGGUCUGCGGUCGCAAAUGGUUUGACUAAACGUAGGAUGGGACUUAAGUUGAACGGCAGAUAUAUUUCACUGAUCCUCGCGGUGCAAAUAGCGUACCUGGUGCAGGCCGUGAGAGCAGCGGGCAAGUGCGAUGCGGUCUUUAAGGGCUUUUCGGACUGUUUGCUCAAGCUGGGCGACAGCAUGGCCAACUACCCGCAGGGCCUGGAUGACAAGACCAACAUCAAGACCGUGUGCACAUACUGGGAGGAUUUCCACAGCUGCACGGUCACAGCCCUUACGGAUUGCCAAGAAGGGGCGAAAGAUAUGUGGGAUAAACUGAGAAAAGAAUCCAAAAAUCUCAACAUCCAAGGCAGCUUAUUCGAACUCUGCGGCAGCGGCAACGGGGCGGCGGGGUCCCUGCUUCCGGCGCUCUCCGUGCUCCUGGCGUCUCUCUUGGCAGCUUUAGCGACCUGGCUUUCCUUCUGAGCGCGGGGCCGGCUUCCCCUGCGCGCCCCCACACACUCACGCCAUGCUCCCGGAAAUCGAGAGGAAGAUCCAUUCGUUCUUUGGGGACGUUGUGAUUCUCUGUGAUACUGACAACACUCAUAGGAUUGUGGGAAAUCCUGAUUCGCUUUUUGAUUUCGUUUGUUUUUUUGUGUUUUAUUUGCCAAAUGUUACCGAUCAGUGAGCAAAGCAAGCACAGCCAACAUCGGACCUCAGCUUCAGUCCGUCUUCCCACAGAAAUACGAAAACGGCAAACCCACCCCAUUUUUUUUAAUUUUUAUUUUUUGGCACAAGAAUCUCAGGAACGGCCCUGGGCCGCCUACUAUAUUAAUCAUGUUAAUACAUGACAAAUUAUGGGCUCCUCCUAAUAGGAAAGAGAGGAGAGGAGAAGGCCAGGGGAAUGAAUUGAAGAGAGAAGCAUCUCGCGAAUAAUUCACGCUCACGCCUUUCUAACACAGUAUCUUGUUUUGAUCAUUUCCACUGCACAUUUCUCCUCGAGAAAAGUGAAAGGACGGGUUGUUGGCCUUGUGUUUUAAGGCUAGGAGGGAGGGAGGAAAGGGGUUGAGGAAACCUCGGGUUAGAGGUACAGAGGCUGCCAGAAAAAAACGCUGCUGAAAUCACAGAGGUUAAGCUUUACCUGCUCGUGUUGAUGCAUCUUCCCAAGUCCACCGCCUUGAGUUCCCCUCUUGUUUUAGCUGUUACACAUACAGUAAUACCUGAAUAUCCAAUGGUAUAGAUCACGGGGGGGGGGAUGUUCAAUGUUAAUCUAAAAUAUAGUUAAAAAAAGAUUUUGACAUAAAAGAGCCUUGAUUUUAAAAAAAAGAGAGAUGUAAUUUAAAAGUUUAUUAUAAAUUAAAUUCAGCAAAAAAAAAUUUGCUACAAAGUAUAGAGAAGUAUAAAAUAAAAGUUAUUGUUUGAAA